AUGAAUGUGCAACCAACAAAUCAACAAGAAAGUGGCAACGUAAAUGUCAGUCCAUGCACUUCAACUCAAAUUCUUCCAAUUAAGGGAAUAUUGAAACGAGCAUCAUCAUCAUCUCAUCGCUUAUCUUCUAAUCAGCAUAUUAAUAUCAAUAAUCAAUCAUCAUAUCGAACAUCACCUGAUCUCCCCGACAAACCUAUCACACGAAUACCUAAAUUGUCAUUAACCUGGUCGGAAAAAAAUGCGGUAGCCGUUUUUGGUGAUACAACGUCAGAUGAGAAUAACACCGAAAAUGAUUCAAUAUGUGACGGUACUCGUUUAUUUUCCCCGUCAUCAAAAUCAUUUGAGCAUUCAUCAGUUCGACAAACGGCUAUUAUAAAAGAUGAUGAUAGCGAGGAAAUCAAAGACGAAGAUCCGGCGAAUAUCGUUGAGGAUUUGGAAGAAAUAUCCGAAAUUGAUGAUGAAGAUGAAUCGAAUUUCGGUAGUAGUGUUCGCAGUGAUAGUGAAAGCGUUAGUAGCAAUACAACUACUAAUAAUAAUUCGCAUAUUGCUGGUAAAUGGUGGUUUGGUCGAUCAACAAAAUAUGUGCCACAUUGUGCAAAAUGGGGUUGUAAACAUACAAGUUCGGAAUGUUCAAGUACCACGAAUAUCAAAUAUAUUACACCAACUCAGCGAAUGACCAAAGAGAUUCAUCAUUUAAAGAAACAACUGAAAUUGGCGCAUAAUCAAUUAAAGGAUAAAGAAGCAUAUCUUAAUGAAAUGAGAGCACAACUAAAAGGAUUAGAAGAAAUAAUGAACUCAUCGAAUGUUAUUAGUAGUAAAGAUAAUAAAAAAGAUAUUAUUGAUAAUUUUCAGGAAGAAAAACGUUUUUUAAUUCAAAAACAUGAGAUUCGUAUAACACAACUUAUACAAGAAGCUGUUGAAUCUCGUAAUGAAGCAGCGAAAUAUAAAGCAAUGGUAAAUGAAAUUCAUGGAAAAAAAUUAGCAUCAAUGGAGAAAGAAACAAUGACUGAAAUAAUGGAAAUGACACCAGAUGUACCAACACCAUGUUCAGCACAUCCGGAUCCUCCUCACAAUUUUAUAUAUUCACCAGUUACCUCACCUCAGCCUGAUAAAAUUUAUCAGAUUCCCAAUGAAAUUUUGCAUCAACUUCAGGCAUAUCAAAAUGAAGCAUUCAUUUGGAGAAAUAAAGCAGCCCAACUCGAAAUUGUAUUGAAGGAUCAAAUAAUCAAAUCGCAACAAAAUAACUUAGAAGCUGAAUUACUUAUUUAUAAAAAUGAAUGUGAACGACUUAAAGCCACUCAAGAAUCGGAAAAGCCUACAACGAUGGAUGACUCGGGUAUUGAAACCCAUGUAAAUAUUAUGUCAACGAGUAGUCAUCAAUUCUCAUCAACUGAUUGUUUUUCUCCGCUAUGUACGGAUCGUAAAAAAGAGCUUAUUUAUGAAAAUUGUCGACUUUUAGAGCAAGUCGAUGAACAGAAAGCACGUAUAAGCGAAUACGAUGAAGGCUUGCUUUUAUUAAGGAAUACAAUACAAACUCUUGAAAGUGAAAAUGAGCGAAAUUCAUCAUUGAUGGAGGAAAUGGCGAAGGAAAUUGAGGAAAAAACUGCCGAAGCGCAAGCUGCUAAUAUGAGCCUUAUUAGGUUGCAGAGCGAAAUUUCAACGAAGAAUAAGGCAAUAUGUUAUCUUGAAGAACGGCAUCAAACUUAUCGAAAUAUUAUUCUUGAUAAUAAUCUCGUGGUUACGGACGAAUUUAUGGGUGAUUGGAGACAUGGUUUCUCAGAUCCUCGUUAUGUGGUAAAUCUUUCGAAACGAGUACAAACUGACUUAACAUCUGAUGCUCUUCGACAUACUGAAGCUGAAUUCAUGAAUUUGCAUGAUAAAAUUAAGGAACUCAAAUUGGAAUUUUCAUCGAAAAAUAUCGACAUGAAUGAACGUUUUGGUGAAAUCGAAAAGAAUUUGGAAAUGAAAACAUCACUUGUUCAAUCAUUAACAAAUCAACUGAAUGAAUCGGAUAAAGAAGCUAUAAGAAGUUACGAACAAUACGAAAAAAAUCGUGAAGAGUUUCAGUCUAAAAUUCUGGAACUUAGUCGCAUAGCUGAACGUGUUCCUCUACUUGAAUUCGAAAUUGAACGUUUACAUCAGGAACGAGGACUACUCGAAUUGAAAUUACAAAGUACCAAAGAAGAAUAUGAAAAUGGUCUUGAAGCCACUUUAACUGAAUCGUUAAAGAAAUAUCGCGAGCAAAGUUCUUAUUGGGCUGAUAAAAUUUCCUGUGCUAAUAUUUUUAAAGAAAAUUUAAUCAAAGAGAAGACAGCAUUAGAACGUGAACUUAGUGAACUUCGUUUGAAAACAGAUAUUGAGAAAGCUGAUAUGGCUCGUCGCUUAACAUCAAGCAUUGAUCAUGUUUCACUUCUAACUAACCAAAUAAAUCGACGUACGCGUGACGUUGAAAUUGAUGCACAUCCACGUGUGGCUAGUAAAUAUGUUGCAUGUCGACCGAAUUCCCGCAAUAAAAUGACGGAUAUCGAAAAAGGUGAUCUUUUUGAUGAAUCCGAAGAAAGGUUAAAAUUGUGUCAAGGCGAAUUGCUAACAACUCGACAUCAAGUGGAAAUCUUGCAGCAAAAACUUAUCGAUAACGCGCAAGUUCAUGUAACGACUCGGUUAUCUCGAGCAGUGACAACCCCUUUAAUAAAAGCACCUGAAGAAAGCGAAAUCAAAGAAAAAAAUUCAGGUAAAGGCGAUACAUUAUCAAUCUUAAAAGCAAAAAUUGAUGAACUUGAAGAUAAUAAUUUGGCAUUAUUAACACGAUUGAGGCAAAGUGAUGACGAAAAAAAUAAUCUUCUAUCAUCGCAAAAGAAUCAAAUCGCGCAACUUAUCAGUGAAUUUGAUAAUCUCAAAAAUGAACUUGAUCAGGAAAUUGGUCAAUACGAAGCUGAACGGUUUCAAUUAAAGAACAGAAUAGAAAUGUUGGAAAUGGAAAAGAAAGAACGUGAUAAAAUUAUUAGUGAUAUGCCUACUAAUGGACCUGAAUUGUUGGUUGAUAAUUCAGCGAAAAAUCAAACCAGUAUUCUUGAUAAAGCUGAUAUUUCACUGCAAUCAGCAGCAGCAACGAUCGAUGAGAACGCAAAACACCCGAAUAAUGCAAAAAGGACCAAAUUUAAAAGAUGUCUUUCUGUGCCUGAAAUAAUCAAAAAUUCUCGUCUUUCAUACGAUACUGUAAAUAUACUCCGAGAACGAAAUUCGGUUCUAGCACGAGCUAAUUCUCAACUAACUCAAGAAUUAAAUAUUUUUCGCCAAAAAAUUGAAACUUCAAUUCAACGAACUGCAUCAACGGUCAAUAAUGUUUCAUCAUCGAACGUUGAAAAUUUAACUUCAUACGGCAGUGAAUUAUCAACGAAUUUUAGUGAUAUUGCUGAUGAAAUUAAUCAGGUUCGAAUUGAUCUUGAGAAUAUAUUAACUGAAAUCGAUAAUUCAAUGGGUGAAAGAAAAUCUGAACAACGAUUUCAAGGUGUUAAAUUUGAUGUAAAAGAAGGAAGUGUUUCAUCACUAGAAAGCGAUAAUACUGAACGUCUGCGACGUUCUUUAAAACGAUUAAAAGAUGAACGAGAUUCUUUACAUGAGCAAUUGGAUAGGAUUACAAUUGAUUUUCAAGAUGCUUGUCGUGAACUUGAGUUAUAUAAACGUGAACCACGUUCCGAGGUUACACAUCGUCUUCAGAAUGGCCGUUUACAGCGAAGUCGUAGCUUUGUUGAAAUUGGACGCGGAACAGUUGAUCUGGAUGAACAUUUAAGAUGGAAAGAAAAAGCUGGUACGAUGUUCCGUGAAUUGAAUCGAAUGCGAAACGAAUAUAGAUUAUGCGAUGCGGAACGCCGUGAACUUCGAGUUCAAUUAAUCAUGAUAAAAGGUGAACUCGGAUUAGCUCAGUGUCAACUUGCUGAACUUUCAACUCGUCGCGAGCGCGGUUCUGUUUUCUUAACUCCUAUUCAAAAAACUAAAUCUCCUAAAUCUCCUACCGUCGGUACAUCCAGCAGUGAUCGACGAAGUGUGCGCGAUACUAAAUUAAAUCGAUCAAGAGUUUCUGGAACUAGCGAUCGUUGUGAUUCUACGACGACAUUCAUAACGGCUGCCUGUACCUCUUUUUGGUCUUUGAAUGAUCUCACUUCUAUUAGCGAGCCCGAUUUGUAUGCAGAACGGCAAUCACCACAUCGGCUGCCACAGAAGAUAGUGUUGAAUAUGGAGGAAGAAUCCAGACAAGAACAUAAUGAAAUUAUUAAAGAAGCUGCAAAAUCACAAAUCGCUGCUCUGAAACGAGAAAUGGAUUGGUUAAAAAGUCAAAUGGAAGAAAUGGAUCGAAUUAAAAAAGAAUUGCAAAUGGUUAAUGAUGAAUAUUCAAAGUCUAAAAAAGAAGCAUCAGAAAGGAAUGAAAAAUUAACUGUUGAACUUGAGAAGGCUCAAUCAAAUUUGAAAAUACUUAAAUCUACUCUUGAGGAUCGCCAAUUAAAAGAUGAUCUUGCUACCAAGAAAUUAACUGAAGAGAUGGAAGCCAUUAAAGCCGAAAAUACGAAAUUAAUCAAUGAAAAUUUGCAACAAAGAACUUCGUAUGAAACACGGUUAUCAUUUCUUAAUACACAAAAUGAAAUAUUCGCUAAAAAAAUGGACGAUAUGGAAAAAGAACGUCAAGAAAUGUAUUUAGUGAUGUUUAAGAAAGGUAGAGAAGCAGCUGAACACGAUGUUCAAGAGACCAAGGUACUAGACGAGAUGACUGAAGACCGAAUCGUUUUGAGGUUCCUUCAUGACGCAUUUUAUUACUAUCUUCUGAAUAAAGGAGAUUCUAGAGAGCAUUUGCAGGCAAUUAUGACAAUGUUGAAUUUUUCGAGGCAGCAGAAAGAUGAUGUUUUUAGGAAACGUGGUGCUUCUCAUUAA